CCCACACUAUUUGUAGCCAAGGCCAAGGUUUCCUGAGUGCAGAGGAGAGGAAGUCUGCAGUUAAAAGCUCAUUGAUGGAGCCGCUUCUUCCUUCCAGACGUGUGAAAGUUUACCUGUGCUCCAACCCUGCAGAUAGCGUGUUGGAGCGCAGAGUCCUGAGAGACUCUGUGUUCCCAAAACUCGGACGACGUUGCUCAGACACGCUGGGAGUGGACGUUAGGGUGAUCGACCCAUUCGAGUCCAGUCAUCCCAGCCAGUGGCCAGAUGCCAACACCAGAAAAGAUCUGAUCAAAGAGUGCAGAGAAAGCUCCUGUGGGCCAUUUUUACUGGCUCUGAUCGGCCAUGACUACGGCAGGCCCAGUCUCCCUGCCCUGGUGGAGGUAUCACGCUUCCACAUGGUCCUGCAGCAGAUGCAGCAGGCCGGCCUCGGCACCAAGGAACUGGAGAGAGUCUACCACAGAGACGAGAACGUCAGUCCACCGUCGUUCUGCUUGAGACUCACACCAGCUCCUCAGGAGGACGAUCGCACGGACGAUUUGGCGAGGGUCUUUGAAGGGGCCGUGCGUCUGUGUGCGCGGCGGCAGCUUCUGACCCGAGAGGAGGUCGUCGCUUUCAGCAGAUCAGUGCUGGAUGGAGAUCUCCGCUUUGCCCUGGACAACUGUCCUCCUGAUGACAUCAUCGGACGCUGCCUGGUUUACGUGCACAAGGUUGUCAAUAUAGAGGAACCCGCCACAGCCGAGAGAGACCUCCUCUCGGAUCUGAUCGACAACUUCCUGAGGGGCCUCGUCGACUCGUGCGGGCUGGCGGUCUACGCCACCACCACCGAGUGUGACCGUCGCCACGGUUACACCGCCCCCAGGAGGCGGGGCUACGCCCGGCUCCUGUGCCGCCAGGUGUAUGCCGACCUGACGGCGUCGAUUGACGGCUGGGUCUCAAACUCAGGCCGCCGGGUCGCGGACGCUCCGGCCAGGGAGGGAGCCGAGCAGGAGGAACUGUGCGCCAUCUUGUCGCGGUGUUACCACGUCGCACGGCCCGAGACGGAAGAGGUCCGGGUCUACGUGCAGCGGCGGGACAGCCGGCGUCCGCUGGUGCUGACUGGAGGACCGUGUGCUGGGAAAACUGUACUGCUUGCUCACUGUGCCCAGCAGAUCAAGUCCUGGCUGCCCGACGUCGACCCUGCCGUGAUCACCUUGUGCACUCCCUCUCUGCACGUGCCUUCUGCGGCGCACCUGCUGGCCAGCUUGUGUCACCGCAUCCUCAGGACUUACGAGUGCUCCUCACCUGCACACCACGAGAGGACCUUUACUUCCAACUUGGACCUAAACCUGGCGACCGUGUCCAGGGCCUUGAGGAACCCUGACCUGGGUUUCUACGAAGCGACACGAUGCCUGCGCUCGCUCCUCUCCGUCCUGCCGUCCUCCCAGCGACCGUUAGUUCUGAUCCUGGAUGGCGUGGAUCAGACGGGGCGGAACGUCGCUCUUCAACUCGUCCGAAGCCUGCCCUCCCCUCUUGCUCCCGGAGUCAAACUCAUCCUCGGCGUCUCCUCCAACCAAACUGCAGUCCUGCAGGCCAUCGGGCGACAUUACCCAGAGUGCAGUGCGCCAGAGGGCGCUCGGACGGAGUCUGGGUACCUGCAGGUAGCGCUGGGGUCCGCAGACAGGAAGCAGCGUGUUGAGAUGCUGAUGUCACAGCUGAGCAGCUCGGGGAGGAGCGUGACCUCGGGGCAGCUGGCGCUGGUGAGCAAGGCACUGACUUCCUGUUGUCUCACCCUCUACGCCCGCCUGAUGCGCGCACACGCAUCGCUCUGGUGCUCAGAUUCUGAUGUGUCCGAGUCGUGUCUCCCCGACGGCGUCCAUUCGUCCAUUGCUACCCUACUUCAACAUCUGGAGCACAAGCACACUUCCUGUUCGGUGGGCCGUGCCGUCGCUUACCUCACCCUCAGCCGCGUAGGCCUCACAGAAACAGAACUUGCAGAUCUAUUGUCCAGAGUCGAACCAUGUCAGGUGACACAAGUGGACUUGGAGAGACUGCUUUUGGACCUGAAGGGCUUCCUUAUCAGAAGGACUGUUAGGGGGUGUCAGGUGUUGUCCUGGGUGAGCAGACAUUUUGGACUGGUUGUGGCUAAGACAUAUUUGUGCACAAGCGAAGCCAGGAGACAAGUUCAUUCAGAGAUGGCCGACUAUUUUGGCAAAGAAUGGAACUUUGCGAGCACAGAAAGGAAAGACAGAAAUGAGGAAGAGCAACCAUCUUUCAGAGUCCUGGCCAAUGCGAGGAAAGCUGUAGAACUGAUGCAUCACUUGCGAGAAAGCAACACGCCGGAGAUCAGAGCCAAAGUGUUGAUCUCAUGGAGUUUCCAGUACGUUUUGGUGCAGGCUGGACAGCUGAGGGAACUGGUGGCUAUGUUGAGACAAGAUGAAGAGGGAUCAAGGAAGUAUCUGAAGGAAUGCACACUCCUGGCGAACAUACUAGCGUCGUCUUCCUGCUUCCUGCAAAGCGAUCCUCAGAAACUACCAGCUUUGAUGGACGCCAUCCUCCUCCCUUAUCUGAAGCUCUUCCCUGCUCUCAGAUCUUAUUUUGGGGAGAUGAGGAGUGGAUUGGCGGUCGUGCUUCCUCCUGCUCCCGACACCGUCGUCCGUCUUCGGUGUCUUGAGCCUGAUAGCGGUUCGAAGCGUCUCUCUGUGACUUCAGCAGCAGGGACGCAGUGUGGGACGGUGGUAGAGGUGAUGGUUGAUGGCUCAGCGUGGGUUUGGAGAGACUGCAGUGUUGUGCGGCUGUCGCUGAACCAAAAGACGAGCGAACUCAAGUUUUCGGGGGUUAAAAGCAACCGUGGAUUCAUGCUGUUUUCCACACAGUGCAACAAGCUCUUCUUGUGGGACGUGACCACACCUGGCAGGCUUGUGGAGGUUAAAGUACCGCAGCCGAUUGAUAUUUUAGAAGGGUUUGUAGCUUGUGGGAGACAGUUUUGUGCGUGGUGGAAAGGGGACGGUGUCCUCACCCUGUUUGACGCCUCCAGGUCAACAUUGUCCGACUUGCACUGUCAGAGUUGUGUCACCUGUGCGGUUUUCUCCUCCAGUGGUUCUUACAUUUACUGCGGCCAGGAAGAAGGCGCCGUGUCUAUUUUUGACGUAGAGCGCCGCAGCCUCCUUUGCUCUUGUUCAAACUCAAACCACAGCGCGGUCGUGUCAAUAAUCCUCUGUGAAAACCGUCAGGAAAUGGCUUGUGUUGAAAAGACGGGCGGUGUGAUUUUAUGGGACAUUACCGGCAAAACUCAAUCACCGAGACUCGUUAAAGAAAGCUCUGCCGGUGUGGAAUCCAACGCCAUCCUCAAUACGGAUUACUCGGAUGCAUUUAGCAGCCUCUUACUGUGUGAUAGUAGGCAUGUUACGGUGUGGAACACAUGUGAGUGGGAGACGUGUGACCAGUUCUUGGCUCCACAAGAUCGAGAAUUCACCCAGGCCGUGUUCUCCCAAGACGGACACCUUUUCCUGGCUUUACUGGACGCCUGCCCCCAGGUGCUGGCGUGGAGGCUCAGCACAGGGCUGUGUGUUCUCUCCUUAGACGCCAACGAGCCGCCUCAUACCCUCCUCAAAACCGCCUCCGAUAUCGUCUGCGUCACUGGCGACGGCCGCCUUUUCGCAUGGGACUCUGGGAUGGUUCGUGUAGCGGGCGCAGCUCCAAAAAUGGGAAGUGGAGUAGAAGAAGUGGUGGUGGAGCAAUCAGGGCGUUGGUUCUACACCUCAGACCGGUCAGACUCGGUGUGGAGGUGGAACUUAGAGACAGGUCUUCCACAUUCUAAAUUCCUCCACGAGAGUCCUGUGGAAAAAGUGCGUCUCAGUCGAGAUGACGUUACCCUUGUGACGCUCUCUGGAGAGGAAAUUUACAUUUGGAGGGCAGAAACCGGGCAGAAUGUCCACAGAAUCUGUGGCAGCAGAGCGACAGAUAUUCUCAUCGCGCCAAAUUCCAAUUUUGGUGUGAGCCUUUCCGAGCAGGGGCUCUCUCGGGUUUGGAAGCUGGCACAUGGAAGUGUUGUGUGCGCUAUCCACCUGUAUCUCUUUGACGCACAGGUGUCGCCCGAGAGCACCUUUCUGAUUGGCCGCCAUGGGGGAGACCUGCUGGCUGCGAGCUUGUGGUCGGGCAUGAUCAGUAAGUGCUUCUCCAGUGCGGGAAGCUGGGAGGACGUCGUGGCUUUCUGCACACUUUCGCGGAACCCCGAUUACGUGGUCGUGAUGGUCGCUUCAGGAGUUCUAUACACCUGGAAGAUAUCCGAUGAGACCGCAUGCCAGCACUUUCAGCUGCCGGGGACAUUUUACUGUCAGCCGCAACACUUUCAGAUGACGUCUGACGGAAGCUUUGCGUUGCUGUCCGCUGAUAAUGCAGCCAUCACGCUCUUGGACGUGACACGGGUCAGACUGUGCUCUUUUAGGACUGAGGGUUCUGUAAUCAAAGCCCGUUUGGAUGAAACCGGAUGUUACGUUGCCUACGUAUCACGGCCCACAUGCCAAGAGAAUGCCUGUUCCCUGCAUGCAAGUCCCAUCCUCACUGUCGUCCGACUCUCGGACGGUGAAAAAGUAGGCAGGGUGUUGCUGUGUAAGGAUCCGUUGACGCUGCUCAUGGACGGCCAGCAGUUGGUCUUUGUGGGUUUUCAGGACGGCUCUGUGGGUGUUUACUCCAUUUCCGGACAAAUGGCAACUUUGGCUCGUCAAUUGAAGGGAUGCUGUUUUGACUCGGCAACAAUGACGUGGUUUCCACGAGCAACACCCAAAAUUAUUUGGUCUUAGCUUCCACAGUCGUCCCUCGUUUGUCACGGCCAAUAGAUUCCUAGCCUGACUGUGGUCAACGGAUUUGGGCGAAGUGUGAUGACCGUUGUCCCUCGCUACCACAUCAUAUAUUUAUUUGUUAAAAAAAGAUCAAGAAGAGAAGAUUUCUCUUGGCAUUUAAGAUUCGGUCGGGUUGGGCCACUGAUUAGCUGUGUGAGAUUAAAAGAAUCACAGGUUGAUUUAAAACUAUCGAAGGCUGUCAUUAAAAUCUCCAACAAGAAGAAUCUCAUUGAAAUCCAAGGUUGACAGCUGAUUGUUCAGUGACAAUAAAAAUAGAAAUCUGACCACAGAACUUUCCUCCAGAAGGUCUUAUUGUUGGAAUAAUUGUUUGUAAGUUAUCACAAAAGAAACGUUGUAUUAUGAAUGCUGUCUUUCGAGGCCUAACAAGAGGAAGAAGGCUCGUAAAACUCCACUGUGAUUUCAACACGGACAGAUGGCAGGAUCCGCUCAACUUCCAGAGGAACUCUCUUUGAAGUGUUAAACGAACUCUCUUUGAAAUAUUUCACAAACUCUCUUCCAACUAUUUGGUAACCGAGGUCAACGCUAUUUACGACCCGCUGCCCUCUUGAAGUUGCUGUGGUCAGGAGACGGGAGGGGUUAUCCAUUGUCCUCCAACACCUGGCCCAGCUGGAUCCAGGAAGAGCCCAGCCCGAGACAUCCUCUUCUUGGACUUCAAUGAGACCGAAAACAAUGACUGUUUUACAUACUUCCUAUUUCUAAUGUGACAUGUGUUGGUGCGUGAACAUUGAACAUCUGAAUAAAAGAGGAGACGAAAACCUUCUUCGUCAGAGCGUGGUGCAGGACUGUACAGAGAGUGCAGUGGCCAUGUCUCUCCUCAAUAUUGAGUCCAAAUUGAAUUCUGUCUCUGUUUGAUUCCUUGCCUUUUGUCUUGUUUAAUAGAUGUCCUCAGUGUUUGAACGUGACACUUAUCUUUGUCCAUGUGAUGUCAGAUUAAACAAAAAUGGAGCGGUUUGGCCACAAUACCCAGUAAUAUGUUUGGAGGAGAAGAGGCGAGGCCUUUAAUCCCAGGAACACCAAUACCUACCGUCAAGCAUGGUGGUGGUAGUAUUAUGCUCUGGGCUUUUUUUUGCUGCCAAUGGAACUGGUGCUUUAAAUGGGACAAUGAAAAAGGAGGAUUACCUCCAAAUUCUUCAGGACAAGCUAAAAUCAU